AAAGGGGAGGAGAGUUCUAUAUAAAAGGCAAGUCUUUUGAGGUGUAAUCAGUACAGAGGCAAAAAUGGCAAAACUUAUCCUCCUCACGGGGCUAGCACUUCUGCUGAAUGCUCAAAUAGGCUCUGCCUAUGAGCUGUCAUGCUACUUCACCAACUGGGCCCAGUACAGACCUGGUCUUGGGAAAUUCAAGCCUGAUAACAUUGACCCAUGCCUUUGUACUCACUUGAUCUAUGCCUUCGCUGGAAUGUCCAAUAACCAGAUCACCACCAUUGAAUGGAAUGAUGUCACCCUUUAUAGCUCCUUCCAAAACCUCAAGAACCAGAAUGGUAACUUGAAAACCCUGCUGGCUAUCGGAGGUUGGAAUUUUGGAACUGCACCGUUCACAGCUAUGGUCUCCACUGCACAGAAUCGCCAGACAUUCAUCACCUCUGUUAUCAAAUUCCUGCGUGAGUACGGGUUUGAUGGGCUGGACAUUGAUUGGGAAUAUCCUGGAUCUAGAGGCAGCACUCCUCAGGACAAAGCACUUUUCACUACUUUGGUUCAGGAAAUGAGAGCAGCUUUCGAAACAGAAGCUUCACAAACAAACAAACCCAGGCUCAUGGUCACUGCUGCCGUGGCUGCUGGCAUCUCUAACAUUCAGUCUGGCUACCAGAUUCCCCAACUUGCUCAGGCUCUUGAUUACUUCCAUGUAAUGACCUAUGACUUACAUGGCUCAUGGGAAGGAUACACCGGAGAAAACAGCCCAUUGUACUCUAAUCCUUCUGCCACUGGAUACAACUCCUACUUGAAUGUUGAUUACGUCAUGAACUACUGGCUUAACAAUGGUGCACCAGCUUCUAAACUCAUCGUUGGCUUCCCCACCUAUGGACACACUUUCAUCCUGAGCAACCCAUCCAAUACUGCCAUUGGAGCACCCACUUCUGGUGCUGGCCCUGCUGGACCUUAUACAAGACAAUCUGGAUUCUGGGCAUACUAUGAGAUCUGCACUUUCUUGAAAAAUGGAGCUACUAAUCAAUGGUCUUCUGCAGAAGAUGUCCCUUAUGCUUACCAAGGAAAUGAGUGGCUGGGAUAUGACAAUCAGAAGAGCUUCCAGAUAAAGGCAGAAUGGCUGAUGAAGAACAACUUUGCAGGUGCCAUGGUGUGGGCUAUUGAUCUGGAUGAUUUCACUGGCACAUUCUGUAACCAGGGCAAGUUCCCAUUGAUCACCACAUUGAAAAACACCCUUGGCAUCCAGGCCUCUGGUUGUACUCCCCCAGCUUCUCCGGUUGCUCCAAUUACAGCUGCUCCAGCCACAGUUCCUGCUGGAAGUGGAUCUGGAGGCAGUGGCUCUGGGAGCAGCUCUGGUGGAAGCUCAGGUGGCAGUGGAUUUUGCGCUGGCAAAGCAAGCGGCCUGUACCCAGUGGCUGGAAACAAGAAUGCUUUCUGGCACUGCUUAAAUGGAAUUACCUACCAACAGCAUUGCCAGGCUGGUCUUGUCUUUGACCCAAGCUGUGAAUGUUGUAACUGGGCAUAAUCUGGAAUUGUUUAAGUGCUCUAAAGUAAAUGACCAAGAUAACACUGUAACAACCCUGGUUUGUACAAUAAAAUAUCAAGCAUA